AUGUUAAGCUUGUUUACCGGGUCUUUCACUAGCAAGUGCUCACUAUGUGGAAUGGCCAAUAACCAUGUUUCUGAGCAAAUUGAAGUUUUAUAUCAGCAGCAGCGGAACGAUAAAACACCUGGACAAGAUGGCCUGGAUGUUCUCAGCGGGCAAGCUGACCUUUCAGACCCAUGGAGCAUUGAGAAGCUUCCGGAGAUAUGGCCUAAUGAAGAAGAAUAUGGGGCGGACGAAAUCUACGAUGCAUACAAACAGCUAGUAGGACAGGUAUCUGGCAUGGCUGCAGGGCUUGUGAGCCUCCGAUCCAGACACGAGCGUCUUCUGUGUCUUCGAAACAAGAUAAGCAUGUUGGAAAAGCCUCAAGAGAAAAUACAACCAACCCUCGUUUUUAAAGAUAGUGAACUGGCUCUGGAACUGAAGAGGAUGAGAAUUCUUGCAGCCAAGUUGGCAUACGAGCUUGACGUUUCGAAACCAAUGCAACUGUGA